CAAAAAUAAAAAAAGUACUUCCGGGUACAGAGCUGCAUAAAAUGUUAAUAAAUUAUACGCUAUUGGCUCUAAUAACCACCCACACUAUGUCUUAUAUAUGCUACACGAAAGGCCUGUGGCAAGGCAUUGAUGACAUGCCGGACUAGGGAUUGUUAGCGCUAGAUAUUCUUUGAAAAAGGACAACAGUUUUGACAUUUUCACACUUGACAUUGUGCUUGCAUUUGCAUUUGUUUUCAUUACAUGGCUGGAUGAAUCAUAAACGCGACACAAUAAAUAAACUUGACCCAACAAUGCAGCAUCAGCAGAUAAUUUAAUGUACAACAACUAUUUUGGGUGGUGACAUUGGGCAAAAGUCAGUGAAUCAUACAUCUCCAUAAAAGAGCUGUGUACAAAAUUUGUUAACAUUAUGACAGCACAACUUGCAAAGAAAUUAGCCAAAAUUAAAAUCGAGAUGGAUGAAGAUUUUGCCUGCAAGUUUUCACUCUGUAAGGAUAGAAAACUAACUAUUGAUGAUGCUCGUGUCGAGGUCAAAUCCUUCCAGGCUCUCGAUAAGCAUGGAUUUCUAAUUAACUGGAGUGAUGAAGGCGAAGCAAUUUUCCAUUAUAAGUGCUGGGAAUUGAUCGUAGAUUCAGUAAAAGGCAAGCGAUCAACAAGUUUCCAUUUAAAUGAUACAGAGAAGGAUAUGAUACAUGAAGCUUGGAAAACAGCAGAAUAUCAUGAUUCUACUGAACAUUUAAAGCAGAAAGCUUAUCAAAUCGCCAGAAUAAUCUUAGAUUCUAAAUAUAUGAUUGCAUUUACGGGUGCAGGCAUCUCAACAGCUGCAGGUAUAGGGGAUUUCAGGGGAAAGAGUGGCAAAUGGACUGAACAAGACAGGAGCAAAACCUAUGGCGCUAAAGCAAAACCCUCCAGAUCAAAGAGAAACUUCAUCUAUGAAGAACUGAGACCUACCUAUACACAUGAGGCAUUAGCCAAACUCAUUGAGAUGGGGCACAUUAAAUACCUGAUAAGCCAGAACUGUGAUGGUUUACAUAGGUUGUCUGGUGUGCCAUUUGACUCUCUGGCUGAACUACAUGGAAAUGCCUACCAUGAAAGGUGUGAGGACUGCACUGCAAGGUAUGAACGUUCACAUGCCAUCCGGACAGUUCAAGGCGGGAAUGCACUAAAGAAAUGCUCCACAUGUGGACAUUGCCACAGGAGUGGAAAGAAAUGCGAACAACCAGGCUGUAAUGGCUACCUGAUGAACACCAUCAUUAACUUUGGAGAUAACCUAGAGAGUGAGGUGUUAGACAAAGCCAUAUAUAAUGCUAAGAAGGGUGACGCUGUCUUAUGUCUUGGAACCACAUUGAGGGUGUCUCCUGCUAAUAGCUUGGUAGAGAUGGGCAAACAGCCUGCAAGAAUUAUCAUCUGUAAUAGGCAAAGUACUCCAUGUGAUGCCCUGUGCUCAAACAGAGAUUCCAAGGAUAGGCGUCUUGGUGCCAGAGUAUAUGGGGAUUGCGACGCUCUCAUGUCAGAGGUUAUGAAGUACAUGUUACCCCCUAAUGAAUUGGAGGAAUGGGAAAAUGCCCGUGUUGACAGAAUGAAAGUGUAUGAUUCUAGAAGGAAGUGAAAAUAAACACGACAUUUAUGAUAUUACAGAACAUUUGAAAUGGUUAAGUUCUAUUUUAAUCCAGUAAUCUGAAAGUAUGAUUGUGGACAAUAUUGGGAUACAAUACGUGUAUAUUCUUCGAAGUUUUUGAAGUUCCAUAUUUGGAUAUUUACAUAAUGCACAUGAAUGGUGCUGAUAUAUUUAUAUAUUUUGAGAAUUGUAUUGUUAUUUUUAUAUUGUACUCAGUAAACCUAGAGAAAAUAAAAUGACACAUUUACAACUUUGGCUUUUUUGUACUAGAACAUUUUUUUUUGAGACAUUGAAUCACAAUGCGAUUUGAAUGUUCAUUUUCAUUUCUCAAGGUUUUACCUAUAUUGGAUUGUUCAUUAAUGAAACCCGUUUUGCAGUAUCAUACAUUUAGCUGAGGUAAUAUUAUAGAUCAACAAUUUAGGAAAAUUGUCAAAAAUAUUUUUUGAUGUUGAUAUUUAAAAAAAUUAUGUACUGUGCCUAUAUAUUUGCUUUUGUAUUUGAAACUAGAA